AAAUGACGAAGGGAACAUCGUCAUUUGGUAAGAGGCGGAACAAGACCCACACUCUUUGCCGACGAUGUGGGGCUAAAGCAUUUCAUCUGCAGAAAUCGACCUGCAGCAAAUGUGCCUACCCUGCCAAGAGAAAGAGGAAGUAUAACUGGAAUGCCAAGGCCAAAAGGAGAAACACAACUGGUACAGGCCGCAUGAGGCACCUGAAGGUGGUGGAUCGCCGAUUCAGGAAUGGAUUCCGUGAAGGGACCACCCCGAAGCCCAGACGUUCCACAGUGGCUUCCUCCAGCACUGCAUAAACUACCAGUGUAUCUACACAACAAAUAAAGCUAUG